AUACAUUUUUGGGACGGUAGAAGCAUUUGGCAUAGAAGUGCUGCCAAGGAGUAACUAAGUUGCCGAACGGGUGAACUCUUCAAGAAUAAAUACAUUGGAUAAGAACGAUGGCUGUAAAAGUACUACUAGAACAAGAGAAAACUUUUUUCACUCUUGUAGUUUUACUUGGCUAUCUGUCAUGUAAAGUGAUUUGUGAAACAGGAGACUGUAGACAACAAGAAUUCAGGGAUCGGUCUGGAAAUUGUGUUCUCUGCAACCAGUGUGGGCCAGGCAUGGAGUUGUCUAAGGAAUGUGGCUUCGGCUAUGGGGAGGAUGCACAGUGCAUGACGUGCCGGCCGCACAGGUUCAAGGAAGACUGGGGCUUCCAGAAAUGCAAGCCGUGUCUGGACUGUGCGCUGGUGAACCGCUUUCAGAAGGCAAAUUGUUCAGCCACCAGCGAUGCCAUCUGUGGCGACUGCUUGCCAGGAUUUUAUAGGAAGACAAAACUGGUUGGUUUUCAAGACAUGGAGUGUGUGCCCUGUGGAGAUCCUCCGCCUCCGUACGAACCACACUGUGCCAGCAAGGUCAACCUUGUGAAGAUUGCAUCCACCGCCUCCAGCCCACGGGACACAGCCCUGGCCGCCGUCAUCUGCAGCGCCCUGGCCACCGUCCUGCUGGCCCUGCUCAUUCUCUGCGUCAUCUAUUGUAAGAGGCAGUUCAUGGAGAAAAAGCCCAGCUGGUCUCUGAGAUCACAGGACAUUCAGUACAACGGUUCUGAACUGUCAUGUUUCGACAGACCUCAGCUCAACGAAUAUGCCCACAGAGCCUGCUGCCAGUGCCGCCGCGACGCGGCCCACACCUGCGGGCCCGUGCACUUGAUCCCGUCCUUGUGCUGUGACGAGGCCUGCGGCGCCGAGCGGCCGGCUCUGGGUUGUGGGACGCGUUCUGCGGCUACACUUCAGGACAGAAGCGCAGGCCCCGUCGGGGAGGCGAUGCCGGCUUUCUUCGGGUCCCUCUCGAGGUCCGUCUGCGGCGAGUUUUCGGAUGCCUGGCCUCUGAUGCGGAAUCCCAUUGGUGGCGACAACAUCUCUUUUUGUGACUCUUAUCCCGAACUCACUGGAGAAGACGUUAAUUCUCUCAAUCCAGAAAAUGAAAGCUCAACAUCUUUGGAUUCCAAUAGUAGUCAGGAUUUGGUUGGUGGAGCUGUUCCAUUUCAAGCUCAUUCUGAAAACUUUACAGAAACUACUGAUGUAUCUAGCUACAACGCCACGCCGACAGAACCAGCACUAACUCAGGAUGCAAUGACUACUGGAAGCCAGCCGGAUCAGGAGAGUGGCGCUGUCAUUAACCUACCCGCGCACACGUCUCUCCAGGAAGCUUAAAAAGGACGUGCUUCUUUCUGCAGUAAAAACGUGUGUCUGGAGCCCAAAGGACCCCCCUCCGUUAGGCUGGUGGACUAAGCACUGUCUGCACCGUGCACAGCUCCUGGGGAAAAAAUAAAUCUGAACCAAACUGAUGGCAUUUUCAGCCUUUCAACCAGUUGCUUCUGUGCCAGGCCAGCUGUAAGUUGAAACCUCGGUGAAUAAUAAGAAGACUCCAGGCAGACUCAUGAUACUUUGUGUCUUUUCUAUACUAGACCCUUCUCUGCUAGAAGAGUGACUUCAAAGGCUGAGGGGUUGAAUUUGCAGCCUACAAGAUUGCGGACCUAUAACAAGAAACAGAAAUGCGUUCGUGCUUAUUUUCAUGGUGAAUGUGGUUUUGUGACACUGAAGACCCAGAGUAUAAAUAUUCACUUACAUUUUCCUUCCAGAGAAGUUUCAUAUAGCCUAUGAAAUGUCAAAUUCAUGACCUUAGUUUUUAUGUAGAAU